CCCUGUGUGGAUACAGCAACACAUUCCUCUUGGAGUCUUCUCCUCUUCUUCCAUGUGACCGAUGGACCAUGGAGUUAUUAAAAAGUGCAACGUUUUACUACCAACGUCCUGAGUAACAUUGUUGGCAGAGAGAUCCCUGGUUGGUGACCCUGUGGGUGAGAUGGAUGAGUUGUAACUGUUAUAGCUAUAGUAACAGUAUGGUCCUAGACAGUAUCAACACAGCCACAAACCCUCUCAAGAUGAGUCUAAUGGAUGUCUCAAAGAUCUUCUCUCUGCUUCAGCCCAAGGAAGAGGAUGAGGAGGACAAUGAGCAUGGCCAGGCUCUGAACCAGGCAGUGAGCAGUGAUGACGUGGUGCUGGUAGCUGAGCUGUUGUCCCAGGAGAGCUACAGAAAGUGUAUCAACAGCAGAAGCGGCUGGGGGAUCCCUGUUACCCCCCUACGGACCGCCGCAGCACACGGGCACCUGAGGUGUCUGGAACUCCUGCUGGAGCACGGAGCGGAGGUGGACAGUCUAGAUGUGAAGGCCCAGACCCCUCUGUUUACAGCAGUCAGUGGUAAACACCUGGACUGUGUUGUGGUCUUACUAAAGGCUGGAGCCGACCCCAACGGCAGCCCGUAUAACAACUGUUCCCCGGUGCUGACCGCCGCCCGCGAGGGAGACGUGGAGGUCCUCAGGGAGCUGCUUCAGUUCGGAGCCGAGGUCGACGUCUGGCCCAAAGUCCCUGAGUGGGCCUCCAACGCCACAGCCUGCAGGGGACCCCUGUACAUAUCCGCUGUAUAUGGACACCUGGACUGUUUUAAGCUGCUACUGCUCCACGGGGCUAAUCCUAACUAUAACUGCAAGUCAGAGAAGAUGCUGGCCAGGAUCAAGGAGCCCAAGACGGUGUUGGAGAUGUGUCUGAGGUAUGGCUGUGGAGUGGAAUACAUACAGCUGCUUAUAGACUUUGGGGCAGACGUGUAUCUGCCCACGUUGAUUACUGACAAGACCACCAAGCAGAACGAAGCGGUGGUGCUGCUGCUCAAGGAGAGAGUUUGUCCCAAUACUCUGAUGUCACAGACGCGGCGUGCGAUUCGGAGUUACCUCCCCGUGGUUAAUAAAAUGACAUCCAUAGACCGCUUGGACAUUCCCCAGAUACUGAGGAACUAUCUGAAACAUCUCACCUGACCUCUAUCUCCUGACCUCUGAACUCUGUAUGAUGAAGAUGAUGUCACAAAUGGAUACUCAAUUUGGCUUUGUCUCAAUAGUGGAUUCCUCUGCUUCAUCUCCACUGUUCUGAAAACACAUUUUAGGUGAAAGCAAUACGGAGGAGGAUUUCUGCAAAUUGUAAACAAAAAGUGUGAUCAUUUCAUACUUUUUUUCAUCUUCUACUGUCUCUACUGGGUGCAUCAUGGGCUGCCAAGUCCAGUUUGUUUUGUUUUUAUUGGAAGUGUGAAUAAUAAUUAUGCCAAGUUUGCCUUUGAAUAGUUGUAGAGGUUUAAUUAGAAGAAACAUAUUUAUUUAACUUAAUCUCUGUGAUUGAAUUCAGCAAAUUGUGCGUAAAUGUACUCAUUGGAAAUUGGUUGAAGUCUACUGAAAACAUGGUUUAAGACACUGCCCUCUCCUGGACAGUUAGAUGAGUGCACAGAGCUUCAGGAGAAACAUUUUGUAAAACCAUGAGUAACCACUAGGUGUCAGACCACCACUGUAAAUGUAUUCUCCGUCUAUGAAAUCACUGCUCACCGUUUGAAAGUGACCUUGCUGAAGACUGAAGUUAGUUCCCUGAGUUAAUUCUGGGGCUUUAGCUCAGUGACAUAGUCUUGUGGAGUGCAAAAACCCAGGUUCAAACCCAGUCAGUCAAACCCAGGUUCAAACCCAGUCAGUCAAACCCAGUCAGUCAAACCCAGGUUCAAACCCAGUCAGUCAAACCCAGUCAGUCAAACCCAGGUUCAAUCCCAGUCAGUCAAACCCAGGUUCAAACCCAGUCAGUCAAACCCAGUCAGUCAAACCCAGGUUCAAUCCCAGUCAGUCAAACCCAGGUUCAAACCCAGUCAGUCAAACCCAGUCAGUCAAACCCAGGUUCAAACCCAGUCAGUCAAACCCAGUCAGUCAAACCCAGUCAGUCAAACCCAGUCAGUCAAACCCAGGUUCAAACCUGGUUUCAAACCUGGUUUCAAAAAACAGAUAAAGCAACACCUCACGGCACAACGCCUCUCCCCUAUAUGACCUAGAUAGUUUGUGUGUAUGCAUUGAUAUGUAGGCUACGUGUGCCUUUAAAAAAUGUAUGUAGUUCUGUCCUUGAACUGUUCUUGUCUAUUGAUGUUCUGUAUUAUGUUUCAUGUUUCAUGUUUUGUGUGGACCCCAGGAAGACUAGCUGCUGCUUUUGCAACAGCUAAUGGGGAUCCCAAUAAAAUACCAAUACCAAAAAAAAACAGGUUUAAACCCAGUCAGUCAAAGGAGCAGCAAACAAACAGGAAGAAGACAUAUUUGAACAGAACAAUUCAUACACACACAGGAUAUGACAUCACAUUACAGGAUGAGGAUAUCCUGUCUAACGUCCCCAUUGACCUUACGACACAGUUCAGUAUAUAGAGGUUUUAAUUUCAACUAAAGUACAGUUAUAUCAGAUGUGGUUCAGUUUUUACAGUGAAAUACAACGUAAUAAUUCCCAGUGCUCUUUGAUUACAUCAAAAUAUAUAGACUUCUCGACGCUCCACAUUCACAGUUUCAGCAUUUGAAUAGGCAUUACUUAGUUUCAGAGUUGGUUUUUCCCAUUUCUACAACAUAUCAAAACAAACAUAAUCGAAGGCCAAAGAGAAAAUAUAUGUUCCUGCUAUUUGUACUGUACAAACAUGGUGAUGACCUUUCAGACUGACAGAUAAAAUGGAAGUCAUACCAGAGUCCAAACCCCCUCCCCAUUCUAGAUGGCAAUGUGAAUGUACAGUGAAUAGCCUAGUAGCUCCAACUAAACUUGUUACUUGUCUUGUUAUCUGUUUCAGUGUCCAUACAUUAGUACCCUGGCUGUUCUGAUACCACAUACUACUGUAUAACCAACUAGAGAAAAGCAACAAGGAUUUGUAAUGAUGACUGUGUGUACGUCCCAAUGGCACCCUAUUCCCUGUAUAGUGCACUCCUUUUGAUCAGGGCCUAUAGGGACUAUAUAGAGAAUAGGAUGCCAUUUGGGACCAGUGCAUCGUAUGUCUAAUGUCUAGAUUUCUACUUCCUUUCA